UACAGCCUAACUUUGAUUUCUCCUGUCCAACGCAGUGCUACAAAAGUUCCAAGGACCAGCAGCCCCAGAUGGAACUGCCGCUCCAAGGCUGCAACAUUACAUACAUCCCAAAAGACAGCAAAAAGAAGAAGCACGAAUUGAAGAUUACUCAGCAGGGCACAGACCCGCUUGUUCUUGCUGUGCAGAGUAAGGAACAGGCCGAGCAGUGGCUGAAGGUGGUCAGAGAGAUCUACAGCGGCUGCAGUGGGCCAGCAGACUCGGAAUGUCCUCCCCCGUCCAGCUCCCCGGUGCACAAGGCAGAACUGGAGAAGAAACUGUCUUCAGAGAGACCAAGCUCAGAUGGGGAGGGUGUUACAGAAAAUGGAACUGCUGUGUGUAACGGAAAAGAACAAGUUAAGAGGAAAAAAAGUUCCAAAUCAGAGGCCAAGGGAACUGUGUCUAAAGUUACUGGGAAAAAAAUCACCAAGAUCAUCGGUUUGGGAAAGAAAAAGCCGUCGACAGAUGAGCAGACCUCCUCAGCGGAGGAAGACGUGCCUACUUGUGGCUACCUGAACGUGCUCUCCAACAGCCGCUGGCGGGAGCGCUGGUGCCGCGUCAAGGAAAACAAGCUCAUCCUCCACAAGGACAGGGCCGACCUGAAGACCCACGUCGUCUCCAUCCCACUCCGCGGUUGCGAGGUCAUCCCGGGGCUGGACUCCAAACACCCCCUGACGUUCCGGCUGCUUCGCAACGGCCAGGAGGUGGCCGUGUUGGAGGCAUCUUCUUCUGAAGACAUGGGCAGGUGGAUUGGGAUUUUGCUGGCUGAGACGGGGUCCUCCACAGACCCUGGGGCCCUGCACUAUGACUACAUAGACGUGGAGAUGUCGGCGAAUGUCAUUCAGACGGCCAAGCAAACCUUCUGUUUCAUGAACAGGCGUGUUCCGUCCGCUAACCCGUACGUAGGGAGCACCGCCAACGGCUACGCACACCCCAGCGGGACGGCGCUGCACUACGACGACGUCCCCUGCAUCAGCGGCUCGUUGAAGGGUAAAAAACCGCCCCCCGUGGCAUCCAACGGGGUUACGGGAAAAGGCAAGGCUCUGAGCAGUCAGCAAAAAAAAGCUGAUUCAGUGGCUGGCGUGAAGCGGACGCCUUCAAAUGCUGACCAGUACAAAUAUGGCAAGAACCGGGUGGAAGCGGAUGCCAAGCGGCUGCAGGCCAAAGAGGAGGAGCUGCUGAAGAGGCGGGAAGGCCUGCGGGACAGGCUGGCCCAGCUGCGGAAGGAGAGGAAGGGCCUGAGGGCCGCCAUCGAAGUGAACACCGGCCGGAAGACCCAGGCGAUCCUGGAGGAGAAGCUGAAGAAGCUGGAGGAGCAGUGCAAAGAGAGGGAGGCGGAGCGCGUCAACCUGGAGCUGGAGCUGGCCGAGGUCAAGGAGAGCCUCAGGAAAGCCCUGGCCGGCGGGGUCACCCUGGGGCUGGCCAUCGAGCCCCGGGCGGGGACGGCGAGUCCGCAGUCUCCAGUUUUUAGGCACCGGACUCUGGAGAACUCGCCCAUGUCCAGCUGUGAGACCAGCGACACAGAGGGCCCCGUGCCCGUGAACAGCGCGGCCGUCCUGAAGAAGAGCCAGCCGGCCCCCGCCAGCACCCCCUGCCGGGGGCACGUGCUCCGGAAGGCCAAGGUAAAUGGCCGUUUCCAGCAGCCUCAGCACCCCCACGCCGACUGAAGACGAACGGCCAACAGGCCCGGGACGAGCUCCGCGCCCCCGGCGGGGCUGUGAGUGUGAGGUGCGGGCACUGGGCCGCGCGCCCCUCGGCCGGGAGGAUCCGGGGAUGUCGCCGCAGCGUGAACAGCAGGAACCCGCACCCCGGGUCUCCGCGCCCCUCUCCCCGCGUGCCCGGCCCCCCAUCACUCGGGGUGAUGGCGCCACAGAAUUGUGCCGUGAGGCAUUUUUUACCUUUUUAAAAAAAGUUUUCUGGACAGAUGCUUCUGUCACCAGGAUAUGAAAAGCUGCCACUCUUCUUUAAACUUAAAAAAAUGUUCUCUUUUUCUCCUGUGUCACGCUCAGCUCCAAGGGUUUCUCAGAGAUUCUGUAUCAUAUUGUGUUAUUCGUACCGCUUUUGAAAGGCAGCAGAGCGUUUUUGAUACUUCACGCAUAUGUGUCCUUUCCGGCUUUUCCCAGCAUCCAAACCCCUUCUACCCCUUCAAAGCCAGCGGGUGGCCCUCAGAGACCUGGUCGGCCUCGGGGUGACGGUCACACUUAUUCCCGAGGGGCGCGUAUGCCCUUUGAAAGGCAGCAGCUUCUGGGAACUGUGCCGCUUUAGGGCAAGAGAAGGGCCCCCGAGAGCUUCUCUCCCACCCCCGCCCCUGUGACCCACCAGGGGCCUUGGUUUACUGUUUCCCUCAGGGCGCGGCCGCCAGGUAGGGCCUCUCUGAGUUUCCCCGUUUGCCUCCAGAGGGAUGUUUCUCGAAGCCUUCAGACACUAAGGCGUGAAGGGGACAGGCCAGUUCACAGGUAGAGGUAACGUGGGUCCAAGAACCAGGCCGGCUCUCCUCUGUCUGCAGAGGGACCUCUCAGGAAUUCUCCUUGUGCAGCCGCUGCCUGGAAAAUAUAUAUCUGUCACCCCGGAGCCCUCUGCAGACUGACCCAUGGGACCCAGUCACAGGCGGGGAUGGGCUCCUAGAAAAUAUAUCUGUCACCCCGGAGCCCUCUGCAGACUGACCCAUGGGACCCAGUCACAGGCGGGGACGGGCUCCUAGAAAAUAUAUCUGUCACCCCGGAGCCCUCUGCCUGCAGCUGGGGCAGGCCUGCCGUCCUCCGCUUCUCAGCAGAUACAGGAGCAGGAAGCAAGGAAACCGCGCACCUGCGAGCACACCCCGGGCCGCCCACGGCUUCCGCAGGCCUUGCCAGUCAGGCUUGGAGCGGCCCUCGAGGCCAGCACGGGCCCUGUCUGGUUUCACCGACCAGAGCCGGAGUGCGGUCUCGGCGGCUAAGAAAGUUCUGCAGCAGGACCUGCAGGCUGUUUAGCUGGAGUCCACCUGAAACCUGGAUUUGUUGCAAAGCCGUCUGCCGGGUCCGUGGGCUGCCUGCUGGCGGCGCCACGUGCAAGCUCCUCCUCCGCUCUUUACAGGACGGGUAGGGGUGGGGGGUGGGGGUCGCAUCUCACCUGCACGUAGCACGUUGGGCCCCCGACCCUGACCCCGGGAAAUCCAAGUAGGAAGCGGGGAGCGAGGGGCCUCCCCAAGCCCCAGGCCCAUCUUCCCGGCCCCGCUGGGGAGGAGGAGCCCCUCUCCCCACGUUCCUCCAUCAGCGUAGGAGGCUGGCAUCAUAGGACGCUAAUUUUCUGUAAAGGGGAAAAGCGUGAUCUUUGCUGCCUUCCGGUCAAAUGAAUGUUCUCCAGAUAAGGCUCUCAGGCUCUGCUGGUCGGCAGCCAGCUUGGCCCACGGCAGCAGCCAGAUUUUGCUUGUUGCUCAGAAGGGAAGACAGGACCUUAGCCCGGGAGCAGAUGGGCACAGGUGGGCGGGCCGUUAGCAGAGGUCACCGCGAAUGUCACCUCGACCAUCGCUGUGGGUCACGCCCAAGGACACAGCCAACUGGUGCCAGAGCCAGGAUUUGGACCCUGGCCUUAAGACUCCUGGUGUACGUAUUUUGUGUUUAAAAACACCAGGUUUUUAAAUUCACUCUCACAACCAUAAGCCUUUUAAAGACGAUGGUGGAUUCAAUCCUGUUACGUCCCCCGGAGCCAUUUAAAACGGCCCCGCGGAAGCCAAGGCCGCUAGCGUCGGGCUCCUCUGAUGCCCUUGAGGUGUUCCCCUCGAUGUCUUUAGAUUUGAUCAGAAAGCUAGUUUAAAGCGUUUGCUUCAAAAUAAGUUAUUUAUUUGUAAAUGUUCAAUAAAUAUAGUUUUUAAUUUAUAUCUGUACAUAUUAGACACACCGUGGACAUCCUGCCAGCAUCCUGCCAGUGGACUCAUUACCCCCCUAGAUGUGCCCCAGGGACCUGCCCCCCUUAUCUCAGGGCAGCCGGGAGACAGCGGUGACAGAGCCAGGCUGCGGGGGUGGCCCAGCCUCGGCCCUCGCUCCGGGGUGCAGGUCACCCAUCCCCUGGGAGACGUGGAUUCUGGAGGAAUGUCCCCAUUCCUCUGACAGACAGUCAUGGUCACAGAGUGCUGGCCAAACUGUAACAGGAUCCUAACCGACAUUUGAGACACAUGCGGUGGCCAGCUCGGGGGCUGGCGUGAGGCUGCCACCCUCUGCGGGCCCCGGGGCCCUUCCCUUAGAACAGAGGCCACCGUCAGCCUCAGGCUUCUGCUUCCGGCUUUGGUAAGGGGUCGUCAACUUCAGAGUCCUCUCCAUU